AAUCCAAAUGACAGAUCUAUAAUUAGUAGUUUAAACAGUCAUAUUUUGCCUCCAACAAAUGCCGCAAACCGACGAGCUAGCACAAGUCGCUUGGUGAAAAUAUUCCCUAACGUGUCAACCGUCGUGAGGGAUUUCGGGGGUAUUGAAUGACUGCAUACCGAAGUGAGGGUGUAAGACAGGGAGACGAGAAACAGGUUGGCAUGCACAACCGCGGGAUCGUCGCCAAACGUUAGGUAGACCGGUUCAAAUUAGUAGUGUGUCCUGUUCUUACUUUCUCGGGAAUGAUAUUUUCUCCUUGUUACGGGAGGAGUGGCUUAAUUUGAAUGGACCAAUCAGAUUCCAACCACUACCAAUACAUUGUGAGAGAAAAAGAUGAAACGAGCACUGGGGACUUCUCUGUCGGCCCGGUUCUGCACUCGCCGUUUCAGUGUAUCUAUAGUUCAGACUUCAGUGGACUCGACGUUGUAUUCGGUACUUCAAAUACAGCAGCAUCAAUCGGAAAGUCAGGAGCAAAGUUGCAACAGGUUGCAAUGAACCCAUAGAUGCACUCGGCCACAUUACUGAACGACAAAUCCAGUGUAAAUCUCGAUCGUGUCGAUACGAGAGAGAUAUCGAUUAACAAAUGAAAAUGAGUGAUACUACCGAGAAUAAUAAUAAAUAUAAAUGGACUCCGGAGAGUACAACCCUUCUUGUGUCUGUCUGGACGGACAGGCAGGUACAAAAACAACUCGAGUAUGCUGUGAAGCCUCAGCUGAUAUGGGAAAGUAUCGCCAAAUACAUGAGUAAAAAAGGGUAUGGAGUUACAGCUCGACAAUGCAGGUCCAGAAUGAAACAAGUGUUGGUUUGUUAUCGAGAGGCGAAAAAAACAGGAACCCGAGCUGGGGUCGAACGUUAUUAUGAAUCCAUUGAUAAGGUUUUGGAGAACAAACGGUUGACCAAGGGGGAAACUGAUGCGGAGGGGGAAGCUGAGACCGAUGCUGGAGGUGUGGACACUGUAGACUCCGGACAAUUCCUGCUGAAAUCCCCUGAAAAAGAGAUAAAGACUCACGCGAAUUUCUUAAUGCGUCGAAACAAAUUGGAGGAGCCCCCCGAGCCCCUAAUCCGUCAGAUUGAGAUUGACCCGGGCCCAUGGACCUAUUUACCCCAAGACUACUACGCAGAUUCAUCCGAAUCUAACGAAACCGUGAUGGCACGUCCCCAUCGCUCUCUAUCCCCGACAAUUCGGGACCCCAGAAUGAACCUUGAGCCAAAAGUACUCCGAUCCAACAUGGGUAAACCAUUACGCAGAUCUCUUCCGGAGGAUCGCUACCGGUUCAACACCUUCGAGACAAACCGCUUCUCCGACAUGCCAUUGAAAAAUACUGCGCAAAAUGUGCAAAACCAAAUAAUUCAGGAAAACAUGCUACUGAAAAAUCAAUUAUGCGAAAAUUAUAUGACCAAUCAAGGACUGCAACAGCCUCAUAACCCAGUUCAACCCAUGGAUUAUUGCGUUAACUAUGGAAAUAUCCCCCAGCGAAAUUAUCCCCUGGACAACAUGUACUAUCCGUCCAGAAUGUCUACCAACUUGGCCAGGAUUCAAAGUCAACUCCAGCAGUGUGCCCUGCCAGAACGAAUGGACAAUCCACAACAAGCAAAAAGCUUCCUUCCAUUCACCACAAAAAACUCGGAAAACGUCAACUACAAAAUUUCUUCACGUCCUCAACCAAACUGCCACUCUGACAUCGCUCCCAAUCUGAAUGAGGCCUUCUGUCAGGCUAAAAUCUCUCAGCAAAUGAAGGCCCAGAACUUGAACGAAACAUAUGAUCAAGAAACGGAUCCCUUUCCAGUGAAUGCAACUAUGAUGACGAACAACGCGACAUUCAACGAUGACACAUUGUCCAUAGAAUUCAUCCAAGACUCACCGAGCCCAUCUGAAAAUGAGCUAGUGGGUUCCAAAAAUGACUCCCCAAAUCCUCCGCACGCACCUUUCAGAAAGAAAAAGGCGCAGAAGCUGGAGCAGUUGAUGCUAAGUGCUAUUACUUCGCAGUCAGAAGUAGUUAAUAAAAUCCUAGCAGCUCAGGAUUCAAUGGUUGCUCGAAUCCUAGACAGAGAUCAGAACCGCCAGGACAGACUUGAGAAUCGUCUCGAUCAGUUGAUGAGCGUAGUUCAUGCCACAGUAUUGAACAAAAGUGGAUCGAGCGUUGAAAAAUCUGAUGAUAACACCCCACCCAAUGUUAUCACUUCCGUCCCUCUGUGCUUCUCCCCACCACCUAAACCAGGAACAAUUCCCCCAAAGUUGGAUCUAGUACCUCCAAAGCCCUGUAGAGUCCCCUGUACUAGUCCCUCCUCAAACAUUGAACUGAUAACCCAGAAUCCCAUAACAACAAGACCUGGGGUCAUUAGGCCAUGCAAACCAGGAACGAUAUGGUCAAAAUUGGGGCCAGUAUCAGCAUCUCCCUUCGUUCAGGCCCAGAAAGAAAUGAACACAGCAGCAGGAAUGCCUCCGGCCGUGUCCAACGACUGGAAAACAAAAUCAUCAGCUGAGAGAAACAUUGAACUUGGCUCUGCUAAAAUUUUUCAGGGAAAAGUAGCAAUGGAAGAGACUCAGAGAUUCCUGCAGGCUGAAAAACUUAUGGAGGAGAGAAUUGAGAAUGCCCGUCAGCUUUUCUUCAAUGAUAAUGAUAAUAAAAAGCCCGAUACCCAACCGGCUCGACGAAAGUUGUUCAAUCGUAUCAAAGAAGAGAAUAAAGGAGAGAAAGAGAUCAAAUGCCCAUCAGCAGCUAAAAUUCUAACGUCUAACUUCCUUGACAUUGAACGACAGGCUGAGGAACGAUCUCGUUUUUUUCCUAUCUUCAAAUACAAGAAUCAGAGUGACGAGCUUUUGAGUGGUUGCGGUGAGGGUUACGAUCGUCUGAGAAAUCUCGAUGAAGCAUUGGGUCUCAAUACAUCGACACCAGCAAAAACGGAUACAAAGCAAAAGGAUAAGGAUUUGGAUCUUGAUGACGUGAUCCCUAAGCAGACAAUUCAACAGCUGGCACAGUUGGUAAUGCAGAGUGCUCGCUGGAAGCAGGCAGCCACUCGAGUUGAACCGAUUUCAUCAGCACCUCCAGCUCCUCCAAUGCCGUCUGCACUUUAUGACAAUUAUGCUCAACGUCAGAGUUACAAUAAGGCUCGGGACUGGUUAGAGGAUCGUUAUACUUACGGAAUUGAAAAGAAUUAUGAAUCUCACAAGGGGGGACCAAAAAAAUAUCCUAUGGGAUUCAUCAAUCCUCAGGAUGUCCCGGAGAAAGAGAAUGAUGAGUUGAUGUGUGAGAGGCAGGGCUUUAGAUCGAUUGGCUUCAGUGCUCAGAUUGUGCCUUCAAAUCGAUAUGGACGGGAUUAUGAUUAUGUGGAGAAGGAGAGGAUGAUCGAAGGGAGGCCGAGGUAUCCGAAGGGGAAUUAUGCUGUGUCCAGGCAACGUGAUACGAAUGAUAAGUACGCUCGGGGGGAUGUGGGCCAGGAGGCGACGGGGAAGAAUAUUCGGAAUGACUCUGAUGUCGAGGACAACGAUGAGUAUCUGGAUACAACGACCACAUUGAAGCCUUAUCGAAAAACUUCGCUAACUUCCAAUGAGACUUCGGGAACUGGGACUGUUAAGAAUGUAGCUGGGUGUGCCAUAUCAUAAUUUGUUUUCCUAUUUUCAUUUUUUUACGUUAUUGGGGGCAAUGAAUGCAAUUAUUUCAGUUGUGAAGUAGUGGAGGAGAUGAGAGCCUAAAAUAUGACGUUAAAUUUUUUCUAUAACUCUUUAUGAACUGCAAAAAUAACUUCUUGAUAAAUUGCCGAAGAAUAUGUGAAAGUAAUUGAAUUUCACACUUCGUUACUUGUCUUCCAAGAAAGAAAGAAAUUUAUGAGAUUUAUCAAAGACAACUGGAGUUGACUUUUUGUUGCCAGUUCUACUUAUACUUUGUGUUAAAAAUUAUAGAAGAUAGUAGUUGUAUCUUUAUUUUUUAUUCAUUUCAGCUUGGCUGAUGAAAUUUGUACGUUUUUUUGUUUAUUUUUUCACAAUGUAAUAAAAAUAACGUGCUAAUUUCGCUGCAGGGGUUACAGAAUUUGUUUUCAAUAGUGAAACUAUGUUAAUCAACUUUGGUUUGAGGAGAUUAUUUUGAGAAUGUUUUGGGAUUGAAUGGAAACAUUACAA